AUGACCUUCGAGAGUUGUCUUCUGAAGUGGAAGAACAUUCAUCUUGGCCGGAAAUGGUUCGACUGUGCAGAAUGCCAUGCUGAACAAGAAGACCACCCCCUAUUGCAGAGCUUUGAUAUGACUUUUAUAUGCAAGAAAUGCAAAAAGGCCUUUCGGAAGAACACGAAAGAAUGGGAGGAGAGUGAUGAGUACUGUCCAAACUGCGACAAUCAUUUUGUCAUUGAUGCGGUUACCCCGAAGGCGGCUUUGAAGGUCGAGAGUGGGGAUACGAGGGUGGAUGCGAGAAUGAUCAAAGACGAGAGAGUGAGACAGUCGAACCAGCAAUCAAUAUUUGACAUCAAAGGAGGAACGGAGCGGUUGGGCUGA